AUGGGCGCCGCCAUCUCCACCAGCUGCGACCGCGUGUUCUGCGGCAACUGGUGCACCAGCUGGGGGGCCACCGACGAGCAGCGCAACUACUGGCCGCCACGGCACUCUGACUUCCGGGACUCGGCACCCGAGCCUCUGCAGAAGAUCUAUGAGCUGUAUGAGCCUGUGGUGCAGGAGGGGCGGUGGACCGAGGGUCUGUGCGAGAUGUGGUUCCACAAGAACAAGCCGGUGAAGCACAGCGUGCACAUCCCCUGCUGGGACAGCUUCAAGUGGAAUCCGCUCAAGUGGCGGGGGGCCUGCUUCGGGCGCACCGUGCGGGAGUGUUACUGGACGGGCAACCGCCAGAUGCGCUGGUCUCGCGCCAUCUAUGCAGCAAACCUGGGCCGCGAGUAUGUGAUGCCGGUGAGGAACAUCGGGCGGCACGGCUACAAGAGCGACAUCAAGGCGCUGUGCUGCAUGUACUUCCUCAUGGGCUGCAUCUUCAGCUGCGGCAUCGGCCAGGCCAUCACCUGCUGCGGCUCCAACCUCAUUAUGAACUGCAGCGCCUGGUACUCGUGCCAUGCGCGGGAGAGGAUGCGCCGCCGCUACAAGCUGCCGCCCGCCUUUGGCCUGCCGCCGGGCAUCGACGACUGCCUGGUUCACUUCUUCUGCUUCUACUGCGCUGCGCAUCAGGAGGCUCGGGAGCUUGCGCUGCGCGGCAUUGACGGCCCCGGCAUGCACAUCCUGGACGUGCUGCCCAACUCCUUCAAGACCGCCCCCGGCAUCGACGAGGCCAAGGCGGGGCGCAGGAAGAUGCUGGAGCGCAUGCUGAAGCGCCCGCCCAAGGCCUUCUGCGCGCGGGACUGCAAGGCCACGCAGGCCAAGCUGCGUGACGAGGAGCAGGCGACGCACGGCAUCACCGCCACGCUGCAGCAAAAGGCUGCGGACGCGGCGGCGGUGUAUGUGGAGGGCGACGAGUCCGAGGAUGAUCUGCCGGUGGCGCUGGACCGCACGUCUGUGGCCAGUAGCAGCGUGGUAUCGGAGGACAGCAUGGGCACGGGGCUGGGCUGGGCCCGCUACUCCCCUCCCAGCCGACAGGAGAUGGGUCGGGAGGCCAGCGGCGGCGCGGCCGCCGACGGCGCCGCCGCCUGGGCCGCCGGCGAGCAGCUGUACCAGCAGUCCCGCGGGGUGGGCGGCGUGCAGCGGCACAGCGCCCACAACAUCCCUGUCAUCGAGGAGGGUCCCCCCGAGCUCCAGCUGACACGCUGGAGCGUGGCGCUGGGCCGCGCGCUGCUGGAGGCGGGCUACGACCGAGUGCUUCUGCUGGACCUGCUGCCGCCGGGCGGCGACCCGCUCCCCGCCGCCGGCCGCCUGUCCUUUGCUCGCGCAGAUGUGCGAGACGCCAAAACCCUGGAGGACCACUUCUGCGGCGCCGCCGUGGUCUUCCACCUGGCCUCCUACGGCAUGAGCGGCGCGCAGCAGCUGCAGCGGCGGCUGGUGGAGGACGUGAACGUGGGCGGCACGGCGGCCGUGCUGGCCGCCGCCGCCGCCGCGGGCGUGCCGCGCAUCGUGUACCUCUCCACAGUUAAUGUGGUGUACGGCGGGCAGCCCAUAGAGGGCGGCGACGAGUCGUUGCCCUACUUUCCUCCCCGCCACCACAUCGACGCCUACUCCCGCACCAAGGCGGCGGCGGAGCAGGCGGUGCUUGCGGCCGACGGCACGCCGCUGCCGGGGCGCCCCGGGCGCCGCCUGCGCACCUGCUCGGUGCGGCCGGCGGGGAUCUACGGGCCGGGAGAGCAGCGCCACCUGCCGCGCAUCGUGCGCUACCUAGAGCAGGGCUUGUUCAGCUUUGUGAUCGGAGGGCCGCAGGAGGGGAUCGUGGACUGGGUGCAUGUGGACAACCUGGUGCAGGCCUGCGUGCUGGCAGCAGAUGGCCUGACCGCAGAGAGGCACCACGUGGCGGCGGGCCAGGCUUACUUCAUCCAUGAUGACUGGCCGGGCAAGACGAGCUGCGUGAACAACUUUGUGUUUCUGGAGCCGCUGGUGACGGGGCUGGGGUAUCCCAUGCCGCGGCUGGCGGUACCGCUCGUGCUCGCCUACUACGUGGCCUGGGCGCUGGAGCUGGCCCACGCCGCGCUGUGGCCCCUCUGUGACCUCUCCUGCCUCUUCCUGCUCACACGCACCGAGGUGCUCAAGUCGGGGGGCAGCCACUGGUUCUCUGUGGCUAAGGCGAGGCGGGAGCUGGGGUAUGCUCCCGUGCACCACGACUUCCAACCAGUAGUGCAGUGGUUCCUCGACAGGGGCCACGGCCGGCAGCAGCGGCGGCAGCGGCGCAGGGGAGGGCCGGGCGCGGAACAGCAGCAGCGGGCCAUGCCGCAGCGGAGAGCAGCGGCAGCGGCGGCACUGCUGGCGCUGCUGGCAGCGCUGCUGGCGGCGGCUGCGGCGGCGGUGGCGCUGCUGCAGCACGCAGCGGCAGCAGCAUAG